AUGCCUCCCAUCCCCUUCAAAUUUCAAGGAUCUGACGGCCAUAUCAGACGUCUCGCAUUUGAAAACUUGCCCAGCUGGGACGAACUUGCAUCCAAGCUCCAUUCCCUCUAUGCCAUUCCAGUCGAUAAAGUUGGUGUCUCGUAUUUCGACGACGACAACGACGAGAUAACCGCCAGUUCAAACGAAGAACUCCAGGAUAUCUAUCGGACGACUUUCCAAUCUAAGAAACAAAUUAGAAUGCCCACACUCCGAAUCACCUCCCCAAAAUUCCACUCCGAACGGAAACACCUUGGCGAAGACCCUGAUAACUUGGAUUUUAAUGACUGGCAGCGGUUUAAUAUCACGGACUAUCUUGAUGACGCACCUCAUGCCUUUGUAGAGCUCAUCAGUGGUUUGGAUAAGGCUGGUGCGCAUUCCGAUUCCAACGACGAAAAGUCUACUGUGCAGCCUGUACUCGUUGAUAAAGGCAAAGGAAAGGCGACUUCUACUGGAGCAAUGUCAACAACCUCUGCACUGGAGGAAGAGUUUGCACAAAAAUAUCCCAUCCAUGUCGUCAAUAUUGCUCACCCACAAAGUGACUCAGGCGUCCAUCACGAAGGUGAAACUGCAUCCCAUAAAACAUCCUCGGUUCCAUUUGAUUCUCGUACUCCUGUGGAAAAUAAUGGCCCCCUUGAUGAUCCGCCUUUACCAGCCAUCGAAUCGCAGUCCAAUACAUCUUCGACUCUUACAAAUGAUAUCGCAACAUUUCUUUCAUCCCUUUCUAACGUUAUAUCAGCACAUCCCGAGUUGUCUGAAGGACUUCGCAAUAUUGUACGCAACGCAACUAACGGCACAUAUUGGGAAGCACAUAGAGCUGCCUUAUCACGAGCUGCCAAUGAUAUGCAACAAGCUACUGGCCAAAUCGAACAACAGGCUGCACAGAGGGUUUCUGAGGCCUUGGGCAAUCUUUUUCGUUCAUUCUCCCAGGUAACAGACACCUUGAAUCAGAACCAGAACGCUCAACAACCUACGCGUGCUCCAGAGAACCAGCAGCCUCUUCCAUGGUAUCAACAUCCAUUUCCGGUAGGUAGGCACCCAUGGGGCCGCAGAUUCCCUGUUGGAUUAGACCCCUCCCAUUCUCCCCCGUGGCAUAGUACGCCUUGGUCUGAAAGGGGACACCGUAUCGUGCAUGGGCAUCCACCGCCGCCACCACCUUUUAACCCAUUCUCUGGCCCUCCAAAAUUUUUCCCUCCACCCUCACCACCUCAUUUCGGCCAUCCUGAAAUUCCUUCUUUUCCACAGGUAUCUGUUCCCCGACCUCCCUCCGCUCCUCCUCCUGGUAUUUCCUCUAAGGUUGCAGACCCAAACCCCGUGACAACAAAUGAGUCUAGGGCGGAGGAGCGAGCUACUCCUUUCGCUUCGGUCUAUGAUCGACUUGAGCAUAAACAACAAAAAAAAAAUUCUGCAGAUGCAGUGGACCACAUAUUUGUAACAGCAGAUAUUCCCGCUCCUGUGAGCUCUAAUCAACUCCUUCAACCUCGUAAAUCUGAACCGCCUUCGCCCAAGCCGACCUCUCAGGAGUUGAGAGCCCAAGUUGAAGCAGCCAAACGAAACUACAAAGAACAGAAGGAAAGGUAUAGGCGUGAGCGCGAAGAACGCAGAAAUCAGGCGGGGGGGAAUAGACUCGAUGAGGCAAAUUUUUUCUCUACUAACGCUGUAGCUGGUGAAGGCUCCCAUAUUGUUAGCAAGGCAUCAGGGUCAUAUCCUCAGCUGGAGUUGUACAGUGCUGGACCACGUCCAUACAAUACUCAUUUAGGACACGACUCGACCUCUAGAGGUAAUUUGGUCUCUCGAGCAAUGACACGUAUCUCAAAAAGACUGUCAGAUAUGGGUUUCUCGGAGAAUUCGUAUUCCGAUCUUCCUGAUAAGAUUAAGACUGAGAUGCAGUCAAGGAAGGUAAUUACAAAGGAGGAGGAAGAUGACAUCGUCACCAACUUAUUGGAGGAACUCCUUUCUCUGCCUUCGAAGUCCUACCUCGCUUCUAGCUCUGUUGCCAAGGACAAAACUCAUAACCUGUGA